AUGCCUUUCGGAGAAGCGGGAACUGAAAAACUCAAUCUAAAUUACGAUGGACUGUGGGAGGGGGGACCUUUUGAAGUUGAUGGAUAUCGAGGAGGCAAUCCAAAUUCUAGUUUGGUCGAAACCUUGAAUAAAAUCCGCUCCGAUAUUUGGAGGCAGGGAACGGGGAAUGACACAUUGCUGCAUGGUGAUACAAAUGGCUACGGCUCCUUUCAUUCCCUAGCAAAUUUGACUAUACAGAUCCCUGGGCUUGGCGAUGUGACCAAAUACAACCGAUCACUGAGUCUCGAAACCGGUAUUCAUACCACCACAUAUGCGACAGACGAUGGCACGUACACAACUUCUGUCUAUUGUAGUUACCCCAAUCAAGUCUGUGUUUAUCAUCUUGAGUCUCCUAUCUCACUUUCAAAUGUCACAUUCUGGCUCGAUCAACUUGUGGAGGAUACAUCCCUUUGGAAUGCCACGUGUGGGUCUAAGUUUGCUCGCUUGCGUGGACUAACGCAAGAAGGUCCUCCUACUGGGAUGCAAUAUGACGUUAUGGUGCGGAGUUCACUUUCAGGUGCCUGCGAGGCCUUGACUGGAACCUGGAAGGCCGGCUUCACAAAGGAAACUAGUCUGACUCUUGUUAUUGGAGCCGGAUCUAACUUCGACGCCUCAAAGGGCAACUCUGCCAACAACUUUACUUUCAAGGGGCCUGAUCCUGGACCUCAAGUUGAGAGCGUUACCUCUUCCGCUCUCAAAAAGUCCGAAUCAGACCUUAGGGCCUCUCACGUGGCCGACUAUUUUUCAUUGGCCAAUGCCUUCAGCUUAGACCUUCCAGAUACCCAGCUGUCGUCUGGGAAAGAGCUUUCGGAGCUCAUUACGGAAUACAGUGCGAAUAAGACUAGUGGAGAUCCCUUUUUGGAAAAACUGAUCUUCGAUUAUGGCAGACAUCUUUUUAUAUCGUCUUCAAGAGAAAACAGCUUACCACCAAACUUGCAAGGAAUAUGGUCUUCAACAAAGGAAGCCUCAUGGGGUGCGGAUUAUCAUGCCAACAUUAAUUUGCAAAUGAAUAUGUGGGGAGCAGAAGCAACAGGCCUUGGAAGUCUCGUGGUAGCGCUCUUUAACUAUAUGGAGCAGACAUGGAUGCCUCGCGGUGAAGAGACAGCCCAGCUCCUUUAUGGCGCAGAUGGUUGGGUUGCUCAUGAUGAGAUGAACAUUUUUGGACAUACUGGGAUGAAAACAUGGGAAACAUCCUCUGACUAUCCUAUUGCACCUGGCUGGAUGAUGCAGCAUGUCUGGGACCAUUAUGAUUACUCUCGUGAUGAGGAAUGGUUCAAACAGCAAGGAUGGCCCAUUUUGAAGGGAGCUGCUCAAUUCUGGCUUUCUCAACUCCAGUUGGAUAAAUUUACGAACGACAGUACCCUUGUUGUCAACCCGUGUACUUCCCCAGAGCACGGUCCUGUCACUUUCGGUUGUACACACUGGCAGCAGCUUCUACACCAAAUGUUUGAAACAACAAUUCUUGGUGCAACUAUAGCGAGUGAAUCAAAUGAUGCCUUUGUGAAUGACAUCCGUCAGAAGCUCGUGAAGCUCGACAAGGGACUCCAUAUUGGCUCCUGGGGUGAGAUAAAAGAAUGGAAAAUUCCGGACACAUAUGGCUAUGACAUCAAAGGUGAUGAGCAUCGUCACUUGUCUCAUUUGGUAGGGUGGUAUCCAGGAUGGUCUAUUUCUUCAUACAUGAACGGGUAUACGAACUCCACAAUCCAGAACGCAGUCAAUAUCUCUCUUACAAGCCGCGGACCUGGCAUUUCAGACUCAAAUGCAGGUUGGGAGAAAGUAUGGCGUUCUGCAUGCUGGGCGCGCCUCAACAAUACAGAAGAGGCAUUUUACGAACUUCGUUUGACUAUCGAUCAAAACAUUGGUCAAAGUGGACUUUCGCUAUACAGUGGUGGCGACACGCCUUCGGGGGUGUUCCAAAUUGAUGCCAAUUUUGGAUUUACCGGUGCUGUGCUCAGCAUGCUUGUUGUUGACAUGCCUCUAGAUAGUACCCAUUCCAAUGGUGAUAGCCGUACUGUAGUUUUGGGUCCUUCUAUCCCGUCCACUUGGGCAGGUGGUAGUGUCCGAGGGCUUCGUCUACGUGGAGGUGGGAGCGUCGACUUCUCUUGGGAUGAUGAUGGAGUCGUCAACCAAGUCAAAGCAUCUGGUCUCGCUAAGAAUGUUCACAUUGUGAAUGUCAACGGGAAAGUCCUAGUUUAA